AUGGCCUCGCACGGAGGCCGACCGACCGACAAGAAUGCCGAAAAGUCGACAGACAGAGGCACGAUAAUUGCGCAAGAGGCGAAAUGGCUCGAGAAAGCGAUGGAGACAUCGCAGGCUGAGGGAAAAGGGUACAAACACUACCGCCCCCUCACUCAAGAGUCUUUCGAUAGACUGCGGAAGAACAGGGACAGUCUUGUCGAGGCAUUGUGGUCCGACAACGACGAGGCUCAGGUUCAGAACCAGUGGGAUCAGGACAAGGCUGCCAAGCCAUUGGACAAGGCAAACCCGAAGGAGCAGUACUUGUGGAAGACAUGCGCGAGGUUCCUGGGAUGCCUGCCCACGGAUCUCAUAGGCUUCAAGCACCAGCUGGAGUACGACGCCAGGGAACAGCCGAGGCAGAAUUGGACGCAGCACUUCUGCUCCCACCUGGUCACAAUGAUUGCCCACCCCAUGUUCGAGAACGACCCCGCAAAAAUUGCGCUGUCGAUACACAUGUCGGUGUGCGCCUACCAGGCCCGCGAGUGGAAGAUCAGCAGGCACAGCGACCUGUUCCUCCUGAAGCUCAAGGAGGUGGCGGACCAUGGCGAGAACAAGAUGACUGGCUCGCAGCUCAUCGACGCCGCUACCAAGGCCUGGAAGGCUGACUGGCCAGACAGCAGAGGCCUGCCGCCAUGGGCCCAGCUCCUCCGUGCUGUCGUCCGGCAGCACGUUCAGACACCGCACGUGGAUGCCGAAUUCCCACUCAGGGUAAAGACGGAGCACCUGACAGCAGUCAUACACUCCCUCGAGGAGAUCAAGCAUGGCAAGAUGGUCAUGUUCCACAGCACCAAGGUGUUUGAAAGGGCCCUCAGAGACAUCCGUUCGACUGUCGACCUGCCGACCGACGACAAGAACCCCGUCAAGACAUUGUUUGACGAGGGCAUGUUGCACAACCGCAGGCUGGAGGUACUUGCUGCUCGCUUUCCCGACGACGACGAUAUUGCACGGCGUGUAUAUCGCAGUCUCCCGCGAUUGGCAUCUCCUCCUCCGCAAGCUCGUGUUCCUCCCGCGCAGGCCCCGGCGGGCCAAGGCGAGGCGUCCUCGCAGCCUAACCGCGCGCCGAAGAGGGGCCGCGGGCGACCACGAAAGGUUCGUGAGCCUGAUGCCGGUGAUGCGGGAUCACUUGCUGCUCCGGAGGAUCCAGCCCCCAAGAGUAAGGUUGGACGACCGCGAAAGGCCCGGGCAGCCGAAUCAACAAAGACUCCUCGAGCUUCGAGAUCCUCUCGAAAAGGGGUAAGGGACUUUGUCCGUUCCGACUCGGAAUCCGACGCGGCACCCGACUCGGAUUCCAACGAUGGAGACGAUCUGCCUCAGGCCCCGGCCAUUGAAAAGCGCAUCAAACGGACGAGUCUGGGCAAACAUGCACGCUUCAGCCCAUUGCCUUCAACAUCUGAGCGCGAGGAAGAUCAGCCACUUGAUGUGGAAGAAACCGACACCGUCCGGGAGAAGCGGCCCGGACGAGCAGCCGCAAAGCGGUAUCGCUCGUCCUUCUUCGAAGCGGAAGAGGACCCAUUCGAGGCGGAAGGUGUCAGCCCGUCAAAUCCUGCAGAUGAUGCAGACACGCGGAAGAACCGGCCCUUCGUGGCAUUUGACUUGUACAAAUACAGCCUGAACAAGUCCACGGUGCCGCAUCACUCGGCUGGCGUCACCGACGGCGGCGGCGGCAUUGCAUGGGACGAUCAGGCGGGAGACGCGCUCUCAGGAUUCAAUGAUGACGUGAGCGACCCCCUGCCUGCAGCUGCGUCUCAGCUCUCCAUCCCGCCGUCCGAAAAUGAUGUUGUAGAUGGUAUUGGGGACCUGCCAAUCGACGAUGGCGGAUACUCAAAAUUUGCGGGCGACAUGACCGUUGAUGGGGCGCAGGAUCAGCUGCCUCGUAACGCCUCUCUGACUCGGCCUAUCUUCUCAGGCGUGCCCUCAGACUUGGGGGUAUCACGAGGUGUAAACUCGGAGGCUGGUUCCAGGCCGCAUACCUCACACUCCAAUGAGCUUGGAACUGAAGGAGUGCACGAUGGGCCCGACGCGAACAGCGCCGCCUCCUCUGCAGCCAGCCCUCAGCCACCGCGAGCGCCGGAAACUGAGAUGGGCGUGGGACCUGCCCGCGAUUCAUCGCAAGUUCCGCCCAACGAGCUUGACAAAGAGCAAGCGCGUGGUUCAAACGGUGCCGUAUCCCCUGCCGCAAGUCUUCUGCCGGCCCAAGCGCCGGAAAGUGACGACGACAUAAGGUUCACUCGGGAGCCGAUGGACAACUGGGACGAGGAGGAUGAGAGACCCCGCGUCGUUGUCCCGGCCACCAUGGACAUACUGUCCAACGUGACUCCGCUCGAAAGAGCAAUGGAGGACACGGGAUACGUAGGAUUCCCUUAA